CCCGGCCCCAUUUGCUUCCACAGUUGCAUCUACACAUCAUGUCGGAAAAGGAGGCCACCGUGUACAUUGUGGAUGUGGGGAGGUCCAUGGGCGAGCGUCGUCAUGGCCGCUCCGUCACCGACCUCGAAUGGUCGAUGCAGUAUGUCUGGGAGCGCAUCACAGGAACGGUGGCUACCGGGCGCAAAACAGCCACAGUUGGCGUGAUCGGUCUCAGGACAGAUGGAACGGACAACGAGCUCGGAGAUGAAGCGUACUUUUCGAACAUUUCGGUGUUUUCAGAGAUCAAACAGUUUCUCAUGCCUGAUCUACGGCAGUUGGGUGAAGACAUCAAGACCAGUAAUACAGACAGGGGAGAUGCUAUUUCCGCAAUUGUCUUGGCCGUUCAAAUGAUCAUCACCUACUGCAAAAAACUGAAAUACAAGCGCAAGAUCGUCCUGGUGACGAACGGCCAGGGGCGGAUGAGCAGCGAGAACCUCGAUGAAAUCAUGAAAAAGAUCAAGGAGGAUAAUAUUGAGCUCGUUGUUCUGGGAGCCGACUUCGAUGAUCCUGAGUACGGAGUGAAAGAAGAGGACAAAGACCCUCGAAAGGCUGAAAAUGAGACUCUCCUGCGGAGUUUGGUCGAAGAUUGCGAUGGAGUCUACGGGACCUUAGAACAAGCGGUCUCGGAGCUGGAGAUUCCCAGAGUGAAACAAGUCCGGGUGACUGCAUCCUUCAAAGGGUUUCUUCAACUAGGGAACUCCGAGGAAUAUGACACGGCAGUUCGCAUCCCUGUGGAACGUUACUUCAGAACCCACGUGGCCAAGCCACCGUCGGCCAGUCAGUUUGUUCUCGGCUCAGAUGGGACCGAACAGGAGAAGCCCGAAUCAUCUGCUACUUUGGACGCCCCGAAAGACAGCCAGUCCGCGGAUCCCAACAAUCUCACACCCGUGCGACUUCUAAGAACGUAUCAAAUCGACGACGAGAGCGCACCUGGUGGGAAGAUUGACGUGGAGCGGGAUCAAUUAGCCAAGGGCUACGAGUAUGGUCGAACAGCAGUCCACAUCGACGAGACCGACGAGAACAUCACGACUCUCGAAACCUUUGCUGGAUUGGAAUUGAUCGGCUUCAUUCAAACUGAUAAAUAUGAUCGCUACAUGCACAUGUCCACGACAAACAUCAUCAUCGCCCAGCGUGCCAACGACAAGGCAGCCCUCGCCCUUUCAUCCUUCAUCCAUGCCCUUUUUGAGUUGGACUGCUAUGCCGUCGCUCGCUUCGUGACGAAGGAAAACAAGCCGCCGAAUGUUGUCCUGCUUGCGCCCUCCAUCGAACCGGACUACGAAUGCCUUAUGGAGGCCCAAUUGCCAUUUGCCGAAGAUGUUCGCACAUACCGCUUCCCCCCGUUGGAUAGAGUCAUCACGGUCUCUGGAAAAGUGAUAACCCAGCAUCGGAAUCUUCCCAGCGAUGACCUACAAGACGCCAUGGACAAAUACGUGAACAGUAUGGAAAUGGUCGAUACGGAUGAUGAUGGGAAUCCUGUCGAAACCGUCCCAAUUGAAGACUCAUUCUCACCACUGCUCCAUCGAACCGCAGCCGCGAUUCGUUCUCGAGCCAUCCAUCCCAACGAACCAAUUCCUCCCCCCUCCAACGUCCUCCUCAAAUUCUCACAACCUGCAGAGGACCUCGUCGAAAAGUCCCGGAAAUACCUCGACAAGCUCAUCGCAGAAGCAGACGUCAAGAAAGUACCACCCAAAACCAAGGGUCGCAAACGGACCCGGGAAACAGAAAAACCUCUUUCAGGACUCGACGUCGACUUCCUCCUCCAGCAAGAGAAACGGGCCAAGAUCUCGCCUAAAAAUGCCAUCCCGGAGUUCAAACAGACCCUGGUCGAGCCCGAGAACAUCGAAAUUGUCCAGGACGCUGUCAAGCAGAUGGGUGCCAUCAUCGAGGAUCACAUCCGUCACAGUCUCGGUGACGCGAACUACGAUCGAGUCAACGAGGAACUGGGGGUCAUGCGAGAAGAGCUGAUCAUGUACGAUGAGCCGACGCUGUACAACGAUUUCUUGGUCCAGUUGAAAGAGAAGCUGUUGAAGGAGGAGCUGGGUGGUGAUCGGCGGGAACUGUGGUGGCUCAUUCGAAGAAGCAAGCUGGGUUUGAUCGACCAGGAACAGUCCGAGCAGUCGAAGGUGACGGUGGAAGAAGCUAAAGAGUUCAUGUCUGCCAAGUGAAUUCUUUCAAGAUAGCCGGUUCUAGCAGAGAUCAUUAAUGACUAAAUACCAAUAUGAAUAAUAUUACCGUGGCGU